AUGGCUAGAAGACAAAGAUCUAAACAAGGUUCAAGCUCUCAAAGUGGUGUUAAAGGCCCUAACUCUGCCUUAACUGAGUUCUUACGUAAUGAAGGUAUUACUGACGCGUUUAGACAACGUAGACAACGCGAACAAGAGACAGUUAAUGAAGGUAAUGAAAAUGAUAACGAUACUAAUGAACCAGAGCAAUCUACAUCAGCUGUGGAAGUGACACCAGAAGCGCGGCGUCGGAGUACACGUCGAUCUCCUAGUGCUCCAGUGGAAGACACCAAAGAUACCAAUGACGAUGAUGACGAAAUCAGAGAAAUGAGACGUGCUGCUAAAAGAAAAUUACGAGCAGCAAGACGCGGUUCAACACGUCAACCUCGAAAUCGUCAUGAUCCCGAUAAUAGUGGUGGUGACGAUAGUAGUAGCAGUAGCAGUGGCAGCGAUAAUGAUGGUGAUCCUAAUUUCAGUGAAGAUGAAGAUGAUUUGGGUAAUUUAAAUAUGAGAAAAUUUGGUGAACAAGAUGAUUGUGUUGAUUGUGGUCAAACAUUUGAAUUAACCGUUAGUUCUCGUUUUCUUAAAGAAAAGAACGGAUAUCUAUGUAAUUCAUGUAAUCAAUUGCUCAAGGCAAGAGAACGGAAAGCGAAAAUGAACCAAAUGAAUGCUCGUAAAAAGAGGAAAAGAGUGGCUCAAGCAUUAUUAAAUAAAACUGAUGUGAAAAUCCCCAAAUUACAAGAUGUUUGUAUCAAAAAAAUCACGGAAAAUAUUGAAGAUGUGGAUGUAUUAGGUGAUAUUGGACAAAUGAAUAUGAAUAGAAUAUCCAUGAUUCUAUCUAAAAAUCGUUCAUUAAAUAAUAAAACCAUUUCAUUAUUUUUAUCUCCAGAUUUGAAAAGUUUACAAUUUUGGGAUUGUUCCAAUGUCGAUUCUGACUCUUUGAAUAAAAUAGCUUCAUAUUGUCCUCACUUGGAAUCAUUGACUUUAUUUAUGUGUGGACAACUUCAUAAUGAUAAUUUACAAUAUUUUGCUACUCAACUAACUAAAUUGACAGAAUUAUCAUUAAAUGGACCAUUUUUAAUUAGUGAUGUAAUGUGGCAAGAUUAUUUUGAAGAAGCUGGUAAUCGAUUAACUAAAUUUGAAAUUCGUAACACUCACCGAUUUGGAAAUGAUUCAUUAAUUAGUUUAUUAACAAAUGCUGGCAGAAACUUGACUUCAUUAAAAUUGUCUCGAUUAGAUGGUUUAAAUGCUGCAGAUGUAUAUGGGAUGAUUCCUCAUUUCUUACUGCCAUCGAAAUUGACUCAUUUGGAAAUCUCAUACCCAGAAAAGGAAGAAUUGAUCAGUGAUGACUUGAUUAUUAGUAUACUUUCCAUUACCGGUGACACUUUGGUCUCAUUGAAUCUUGAUGGUUGUUCUGAUCUAACAGAAAAAUUCUUAAUUGAUGGUGUGGCACAGUUUUGUCCAAAUUUAACUCAUUUGUCUAUUCAAAAUUUAGAUCAAAUUAGUGAUGACGGGUUUGCCCAAGCUUUGAAAGAAUAUCUGAAAGUCAAUGUUGGUGGAUUAUUAGAAGUUUAUCUUACAAAAUGCAUUGGAUUAGGCGAUAAAGCCAUUUAUGAAUUAUUCAAACAUUCAGGUCAUACAUUGGUGGAAUUAAGUAUCAAUUCAUUGGAUUUGUUGACGAAAAAUUUCCUAAGUCAAGUUUUCACUGAAGAUCUGCAUCAAUUUAAGAAAAGAUUACUUCAACAAUUGGAGGAAAGUCAAGAUGAAGAAGUUGAAUACUAUAAUCAUAUAAGGCUUCCAUUAUUGACAUAUUUGGAUCUGGGAUUUGUACGUGCUGUUGAUAAUGAACUUUUAUCUUUGAUUGGUGAGAGUUGUCCUCAGUUAAAGAUAAUUGAAGUAUAUGGUGAUAAUAGAUGUACGUCAAAGGCAAGAAUUAGACCCGGUUUAAUGGUAAUUGGUCGUCAAAGUGAUGAAAUUUAA